AUGUCCAUCGCCAACCGCGACGAAGCCAAGCGGUGCCGGGAUAUAGCCGUGCAUGCUCUGGAGAGUGGGGAUCGGGAUAAGUGUAUACGCUUUCUAGAGAAGUCUUUGCGGAUGUAUGACGAUUCCCACACUCAAAGCCUCUUACAAAAGGUAGCCAUGUAUAUCAACAUGAGGGUACGGGAGGGUACGGAUACUCCUAGUAGCGAUGCCGAGGAGACAUCUUCCGAGGUGACUACUGCCUCCACUGCGGGUAUACGGCAUCGGAAAGGAGAUGAGUCUGUAGGGGAUGGGGCUGAGCCACAACGUACCAAUAGGGAUGGGAAGUCAUACACUGAGGACCAGAACCAUUUAGUGCAGCGUGUUUUACGCACUCAGGAUUACUAUCAAAUCUUACAAAUAGAUAGAAAUGACGGCUCUGAUGACCUUGAUGGAAAAGUGAAGAAAGCGUAUCGUAAAUUGGCUCUCAAGUUGCACCCGGAUAAGAACGGUGCUCCAGGGGCCGAGGAAGCCUUCAAAAAGGUCUCCAAGGCAUUCCAGUGGUUAUCAGACGAGACUAAGCGUCGCACAUACGACCGGACGGGCAAGGAUCCUGAGCAGUCAGCAUCCUCCUCCUCUACGAGGAGAACUGGACGAGGAGAUGAUUUUAUGACAGCACAGGAUAUCUUUGGUGCAUUUUUUGGCGUACCACGACAAGAAUCCCCAUUUUAUGCUCAACAUGCCCAGCCGCAACACCGUGAGAACCACACCAGUGGUAUGUACGGCAAUCGGUUUCACCAUUCUACAGUUCCUACCCAUAAUCAUGCUAUUAAUCGUUACUCUAUUGGCUAA